AUGAGGGCGCAGCACAUCCAGGCCAGUUGCAAUGAAGCUCUGAGAACUGGGGGAACCCAGCUGGGGAGGGUGGUGACCUCGGAGAGCCUGGCAGAAGUAAGGGUCAGGCCUGGAGGUGUUUUGGAGCAUGUUUCCCCUUCUGUCUUCUCAGCCAUCAUGUAUGUCAUGGGAGCACUUGGUCCUGCAGUGGGAUAUUUAUUAGGUGGACUUCUUAUUGGGUUUUAUGUCGAUCCCAGAAAUCCUGUUAACCUUGAUCAGAAUGACCCUCGUUUCAUUGGAAACUGGUGGAGUGGAUUCCUCCUUUGUGCCAUUGCAAUGUUUCUUGUGAUAUUCCCAAUGUUUACUUUUCCAAAAAAGCUUCCUCCUCGACACAAGAAAAAGAAAAAGAAAAAAUUUUCUGCUGAUGUUGUUAGUGACGAUGACGUUAUGAAGGAGAAAUCAAACAAUAGUGAACAAGUGGACAAAAAAGUUUCUUCUAUGGGAUUUGGAAAGAAUGUCAGAGACCUACCAAGAGCAGCUGUCAGGAUCUUAAGCAACAUGACAUUCCUUUUUGUGAGUUUGUCAUACACAGCUGAGAGUGCCAUUGUAACUGCUUUCAUUACCUUCAUUCCCAAGUUCAUCGAGUCACAGUUUGGUAUCCCAGCUUCCAAUGCCAGCAUCUACACUGGUGUUAUUAUUGUCCCCAGUGCCGGUGUGGGGAUUGUCCUGGGAGGCUACAUUAUAAAAAAACUGAAACUUGGUGCCAGAGAAUCUGCGAAACUAGCCAUGAUCUGCAGUGGUGUAUCUUUACUGUGUUUUUCCACCUUGUUUAUCGUUGGAUGUGAAAGUAUUAAUCUAGGGGGCAUAAACAUCCCAUAUACAACAGGACCUUCUCUCACCAUGCCUCACAGGAACCUGACAGGAAGCUGCAAUGUUAAUUGUGGUUGUAAAAUACACGAGUAUGAGCCAGUCUGUGGAUCAGAUGGAAUUACAUACUUUAACCCUUGUCUGGCUGGCUGUGUUAACAGCGGUAAUCUUAGCACUGGGAUAAGGAAUUACACAGAAUGCACGUGUGUCCAAAGCCGGCAGGUGAUCACCCCGCCCACAGUGGGCCAGCGCAGUCAGCUUCGCGUCGUUAUUGUCAAAACCUAUCUCAACGAGAACGGCUAUGCUGUGUCCGGGAAGUGUAAACGGGCCUGCAAUACCCUUAUCCCGUUCUUAAUUUUCCUUUUCAUAGUCACCUUCAUCACAGCAUGUGCCCAGCCAUCAGCCAUCAUAGUAACACUCAGGUCGGUAGAGGAUGAGGAGAGACCUUUCGCGCUGGGGAUGCAGUUUGUUCUAUUGCGAACACUUGCAUACAUUCCUACUCCAAUUUACUUUGGAGCAGUCAUUGACACCACCUGCAUGCUCUGGCAACAGGAAUGUGGGGUACAAGGCUCUUGCUGGGAGUACAAUGUGACCUCAUUCCGUUUCGUCUAUUUCGGUUUGGCCGCCGGCCUCAAAUUUGUUGGCUUUAUUUUCAUUUUUCUGGCCUGGUACUCCAUUAAAUACAAGGAGGACGAGUUGCAGAGGCAGAGGUGGAGAGAGUUCCCUCUGAGCACCGUGAGCGAGAUGGUGGGCCACUCGGACCAUGCCCACAAGGAGGCCCGGACUAGAUCCUGCCCAGCUCUCGGCAGCCAGGGGGGCUUCUGCGAAGAGACUGGCCUGCGGAAAGGCGUCCACUGCACAGCACAGACCUACCCGGGGCCCUUCCCCGAAGCAAUAAGCCCGGCCCCGGCCCUGGGGCUCGAAGAAAGCCCAACUGCCACGGAGCCUCCCUCCUGAAGCUUGAAAACGGAAGACUUUAGUUUUGUUGGUUGAGUCGAAUAUGGCAACUUGAGAAACACCCGUGCCUUCUUUUCUUUCUUUCUUUUUUUAACCUCUAAAGACACGAUCCUCAGACCAACGAAACUCAGUAUACACAGCCACUGUUGAUUGAGGGCUGGAUACCUCAACAAGACUGACAGCCUUCUCCCCCCUCUUCUCUCCAAGAAGGAGGAGUUUAGAUAGAGUUGUUACCAUUUCUGCUAUGUUAAUUUAAUGCUCAUGUUCCGUUGUGGUAUAAGGCUGAGAGGUGCCUGGUUAUAACAAAAUCACGGGAAGUGUAAUGGCGGAGCAUAUCAUUAGCAUACACUCCAAACCGAGGUGAGCUUGACCAUGACUUUGCAUUUACAAAUCAAGGUUUUUAGAUAUGAACACCUACUGUGAGUCCCGCUACAAAGCACAAAUGAAUUUGCCUCAACUAUGCAAUUUUGAUGGGGAAAAUGUAAGUGCAGCAUGUUACUUUUGCUUUCAGAGACUUAAAGCAGGUACGUUUUUGAGAAGAGGACAAGAAACUUUCCCUAAAGUACUGUUAAUAGCAUUUUAAGCCAUAGCAGAGUUAUAAAUCAGGUAGAAUUUUUCAAAUGCUUCAAAGGAAUCAUACGCAUAGUGUGAUAAAAGGAACUGCUACUUUCUUCCAUAAGACACGUUCUCUGCCCCAUUAUAAGGUAAAGAGUCUGCUGGAUCAUAAAUCUGAGAGCUUGAAUAGAAACUCCAGUAUUCUUUUUGCCAGGGGCUUUAAAACUAGUGUGCUAAACAAUGUGGCUAGAGAUGAACUCGAGACGUAUCGCAAGGAGAGAAACUGAUGGCUUUCUCCUCCAAAGAAAAAUGCUACAGAAAUCCUUUCGGCUCUUACGGGCCCACACAAGGGUAGUUAAGAACUGUAACCUUGACACUCAAAAUAGGUGGAAAAAGAAAUUCCACAAAGGUACAGUUGAGUCCCAUCUGAUCAUUUUAGUUAUAUGUCCAGAAGCCCAGCAAGUCUGCCCUGUUUUCUUUUUUAUGCACAGAAAAUUGCUAUGGUUGCCCCCUGAAACUGAGUAGUUAAAUCAGGAAAGCUACACCUGUGAUAUGAAAAUCACUUUGAAUACAGGAGGAGGGCGAUCGGUGACCUGGGCCCAGAGUAUGAUCCUAAAUAAUGAUCGGAAGUUACUUAAAAUCAGCUUGUCUGUCAUCCUGAAUUAUACUUUAUCAGAGUUCGAAUGAUUUUACGCCUCCCUUUGAUUCCUUCCUCCUGUAAUCUUCCUGAAGCAAUUCUGAGAGAAGAUUUUUCUGUUCCUAAAUGCACUUUGGAUUCUUACCCAUCAUCUUUUUCAGUUCCUCUCAGCACAUCACUUUGACUUAGGCACCACACAGAAUGCUUUCUACAUGGCUCUUAAGGUAGAUGCUUCCUGCCAGCACUACGGGCUGAUAGCAAGUUAACUCUUGGGAUCUGGCGGCUCAGAAAAAGAAUCCUGGCAAUCCAGAUUUAGGAGGGACUGUGGUCCAAAUACCAACAUAAUCGUGAGCAGUUUCUGCCAAGGAGCCUAUGCUUAUGUAGGGGCUGAGUUGGGAAAUGAUUUCCUUGGCUGGCUUACACUCUUCCACGGAGGGCAAGUGAUUGACAGAAUUGUCCCAUGAUUCAGGCUUUUGCCCUUCAUCCUUGGCUGCGCUGGUGGAGUUGUGUGAACGUUCCUGGGGCCAAGAUUGUUUUCCCCUCUACCUAAGAACGGCAUUGUCAGGUGGUUCUCUUGGUUGCACGCAGUUUGUGGACAGAGUUAUCACUCUUAGACUGAAUAAUGUGUACAAGGGGGGGAGCCGGUGGUCUCGGGUGACAAGGACUUCCCUUUGAGCAGUCUCGUUGGCUGAGUCCUAAGUCCUAAGUUGCCUGGAAUUGCACUGUUGUCUGUCAACCUUCGGUCAGUAUAGCGUGUAUCGAACGUCUUCAGAGAAUGUUGCUGAUUAACUUAGUGUCCUCUCUGGUGCUUCGGGGCUCCCGUUUACUCUCUGUGGGAGAUCUUUGCUCCUUUAGAAGGGAAAGUUUCCUUUUGUGUUGGAGCUAAAGAUACACAGGUUGGGGAGAGGCGGUGUUUUCUUACUUUUCCUCUAAUUGCUAAGGAACUACAUGGAGAGAAUUUGGAUGGGAGUAGCACUUUUUUUUUCUUUUUCCUUAAAGCCAAGAUUGUAUGAUCCAACACUCUUAGAAUCUGUUUCUUCUUGGUAGUAUAUUUUGAAAAGGAGCUGCUGUCAGAACUCCCAGGUGACAAGUGAUAGACUCUUUGGGUACGACUCGAGAGCCCUCUUUCUCUACCUUGAACAGUCAUCCAGUUCAGCAACCUCGACCAGGUGCCACUUCUCUAUUGGGCACAAUUUUAGCCAAUUACCAUCUGCCGCUCAGUGAAAUUGUUAGGUUGACUAGGCCAGAAUUCAAAGAAAUUGGCCCAAAUUAUACACCACAAUGUUAAUAUUGUACUUCCUCAAGUAUGUGAUACUUAUAAAUAGCAGGUGUAUCAUUAGUGUGUUGUUGGUAAGUGUAGAGUAAGUAGUGAAAAUCAUGGAAGACUGAAAUUUUGAAAUAUGUACCAAUUAAGAAUUGUCCCCAAAAUGCUUUGGAUCCCGGUAGCAUCCUUGGAAUAUUGCAUAAUCAACUAACGUGACUAUUUUAUAAAUGGCACCAUUUCAUUGUAGAUACGAGGUUCUUCUCUGCUUGCUGCUUUAUAGUUACGGCUUCUAUUAUAAGUUUAAUUCCCACUUUCCAUGAGCUUAGAUUCUAAUCGCCUGUUUUGGAAAAAGGUCACCUUGUUCUUUUAUCAACUCUGUAGAUUACUGUAUUAUUUGGCUUUAAUAUGCAAAUAUAAUAUCCAUGAGUCUAGCCUAUUAAUUUAGAAACUCCCAGGGGGAGGGUGGGUGGUUGGAGCACAUUUUUUUUUUUCAGUUCUCUCCAUUAGUAUGGAAUCCUUAUCCUUUGUAGGUGGAUUUAAUUCUUGAAAAUAGUAAGAAGUCAUUCAGAACGAAGGUUGGGUGGGAAGGAGAGCACAGAAGAAACAAAUUAGCUUUUGUUGAGGGUUGACCAUUUCAGAGAAUUCUGUCAGACACCUAAUAUACAUCAUUUAUUUUAAUACUCUUAAUAACUUUGCAAGAUAACUAUUUUCAUUCUGUGUUGUUGUUGUUUCUUUUUAAACAGAUCAUGAAAACUGAGACACAGAGAGGUAAAGAGACUUGUUUAGGAUUCUAGAGAAUGGCCAAGUCAGGGUUCAGAAGCAGCUUUCUGUCUCCACCACCUGCUUCUUAUGUUUUAUGAUGCCCACAAUAGCGUUGGUUAACAAAGACAAGCGCGGCUCUAAUUUAGCGAGGUAAAGCAUUUCAUUUUUUGAUGUGUUACUGUUCCUGAAGAGUAGGGAAGUUAUUAUUUCUUUGUGUAGGAUAGAAAACAAAAAUCUGUAGGACACCUCAAAAUUUAAUGUUUAGAUUUUCAAGGUAAAUUUACAUUGAUUUUUAGCGAAGUGUUAUACUCAAAAUUGUCACAACAUACCUCACUUAUUUAUUUAUGGUUCAUAUUUAAUAUAGAACAAAUCCAAUGUUGAUGUUAGCAUUGAGUCCCAGUAGAGUUUCUGAAAUGAAACAUGAGGAAAUGUGGUUCAGAAUUUUUGAAUCUGAACUUUGGGGAACUUUAAGUGUAUGCUUGCUUUCUUUCUUUCUUUCUUUUUUCCUUCUCUUUAAGAAUGUUAACAUUUCCAUUAAUUUUUAGUGAAUAUGGGAUUUGAGUUUCCUAAUAAAAGUUUUCAAUGAAUGCAUACGAAGUGUUACACAAUGCUCCAUGUUAUACACCAGACAACUGACAGGAUUGUUCCCGUUAGUAGCUGCCCUAACAAACGGGGAGCAUGCGCUUGGAAAUCAGAGAAGGAGGAAGUACAUUUUCACCAACUACCAGGAAAAUUCUUCCUCAGUCUGCAAUACCAGCUUGCAUUCUUCGGUGGGCUUGGAGCCAGAAAGUUUCUUUUUGGAACCUGUUUGGCAUCAACCUAAGCGCACCAGAGAGCAGCUGUGUGGUUUGAAUGGACCCGAAGCGUUUGUGGAAAUUCUCGGGUGUGCCCAGGAGCAGCAGGAGAGCCUGACUCGGGGUU